AGAGCGAAUCCACGUUUACUCUGAAAGUAAAGUAAAACUACGUCGGUUUUACAAACCUACGCUGUUUUUUUGCAAGGAAAGCAACAGCAAAGUAGAGACACAAAAAAAUCACCGGCCCACCAUUCUAAACCCUUCCUUUUUCUCUCUCCUUCUUCUCCUAUUAUAUAAACACCACCAUUUUACAGUAUUUUAAUCAUUCAAUCUUCUACACCUCUUUUUCUUUUCUUUUUUUUGGCCUCAGACCCUUAAUUUCGAUUGUUAAUUAUCACUGUUCUGCAAUGGCGUCAGGUUCGAACUGGACGCCAAAGCAAAACAAGUUGUUCGAGAACGCUUUAGCUAUCUACGACAAGGAUACACCAGACCGGUGGCACAAGCUAGCCAGGGCUGUUGGGGGGAAGACCGUGGAGGAAGUGAAGUUGCAUUACCAGAACCUUGUGGAUGACAUCAAGCAGAUAGAGUCUGGGCACGUGCCUUUGCCCCCUUACAAGAAAGCUGGAGGGAACAAAGGAUACAACAAUUUCAUGGACGAUGAAGAACCAAGGAUGAGGAAUCUCAGGCUUUAGUGAAGUAUGAACCAGAAAUAGCCUGUAGAAUAUCAACCUUUCAAUAAAAGGAAAUGCAAAGCAGCAAACAUAUAAAUUAUUGCUCUUAAUUUCGUUUACAUUUCCUGCUCAUAUAUAUAUAUGUUUUUUGUGUGCUUGAAUGUAACAAGCAGCCACAACGUUCCUAUACUUGCAUGUAUCAAGUAUGAAAUUAUAGCAUUGGUGCCUUGUUUUUAUUAA